AUGGGGAAACCUCUGCAUGUAGGAAUCAUCGGCGCCGGUCUUGCUGGGCUCAGAUGUGCCGAUGUUCUCCUACAGAGCGGGAUGAAAGUCACUAUACUCGAGGCUAGGGAUCGGAUUGGAGGUCGUGUCUGCCAAAGCAAUGUCGGUGGUGCAUCCGUCGAUCUAGGCGCGCACCCAAGUGGCCCAAACUGGAUCCAUGGAACCCAGAACAAUCCUCUCGUUGAGAUCAGCGAGCGUUCCAAUACCAUUACCGACUCGUGGGAUGGGCCGCAGGCUACUUUUGAUACAGCCGGCAAGCAACUGGGUCCGGCACUAUGUACCAAAGUGGCCGAUUUUAUGUGGAUGACCAUUGAUCGAGCCUUCACGUUAAGCCAGAAAGACACCGCCAAUAUCCCUCCAAGUAAGAGUUUACUUGAUUUUUUCAAGGAAGAGCUUGAGAAGACGGGAUUCAGUCAGCUGGAGAAAGAUGCGUGUUUGGAAUUGUCGAAGAUGUGGGGGGGCUAUAUCGGCUCGCCCAUCGAGAGGCAGAGUCUGAAGUUCUUCUAUCUUGAAGAAUGUCUUGAAGGAACCAACUUAUUCGUCGCCUCGACGUAUAAGAACAUUCUUCAAUACAUUGCUAAACCCGCCCUCGAGGGAGCUGAUAUACACCUCAACGAGCCCGUCGUUGCAGUCGACGGGAAGAAUCGUUCAUCAGGAACCGACAGCCAGGUCCUUGUCCGAACCUCAGCUGGAAAGAAGUAUCUCUUUGAUGAGGUCGUUGCCACGUUCCCUCUCGGAUGGCUGAAGCGGAAUAAAGCUGCCUUCUCGCCUCCUAUCCCGCAACGUCUCUCUGAAGCGAUCGAUAACAUUUCAUACGGCCAGCUGGAAAAGAUCUAUGUUAACUUUCCCGCUACCUUCUGGCGAAAUACAGAUACCCCAGUCACCAGUCCGUCUUUCAUAUUCUUUUCACCUACCUAUGUAGACCAUCCUCCCAGCCCAUACUGGAACCAGGACUGCUUCUCUCUCGCCGACCUGCCCCAGUCAUGCGCCCAUCCAGCUCUACUUUUCUACACCUACGGAGCCUGCGCAGAACACGUAGUCUCUAAGAUAUCUCCUUACUCGCCCGACUCUGAGGAAUAUUAUAACAUCCUGCAUGACUUCCUACACCCAUAUUUCUCUCGUCUGCCUGGGUAUGAUGCCCAGUCACCUCUAUGCAGGCCAACCUCGUUUCUGGCAACCAAAUGGCAAUCAGACUCCUUUGCAGGUAAUGGAAGCUACUCUAAUUUUCAGGUCGGGCUAGCCAAUGGUCUGGCCGAUAUUGAAACCAUGCGAGAGGGGAUGGGCGCUGAUCGGGGUAUAUGGCUUGCCGGCGAACAUACUGCACCCGUAGUUGGGCUCGGGACCACAACUGGAGCUUACUGGAGCGGAGAGGAGGUUGCAAAGAGGAUAUGUGAUACUCUUUCAAAGAAGAACUAG